AUGGAAGCUUGCAUCCCCUGCCUGGGUGUGCGAAAGGGGAGAGUGCCACCGCCGCCGGUGGAAGGCGAUCCGCUCAAUCGCAACGUCCCUGCCGCCGCUCGAACUUUCUCAUUCGAGGAGCUCUCGGCGGCGACCAGGAAUUUCAGGGACGAGAACCUCGUCGCUGGUAGCGAGCCGUGCGUGUACAGAGGCCGCCUGAAGAGCGUCAACCAGGUUGUUGCUGUGAAGCUGCAGCAUCUUGUGGAUCGUAAUAAUGUGUCAACGGAGCAACGCAACAGCGAGUUUCUUGCCCGCGUGGUGAUGCUCAACGAUCUGCGCCACCCCAAGCUCGUCAACCUUAUCGGCUUCUGCGCCGACGGCAAUCAUCGGAUUUUGGUUCAUGAGUACAUGCCACUGGGUUCUCUGGAAGAUCACCUCCACGAUCCAUCUCCAGAAAAACCACGGCUCGACUGGAGCACGAGGAUGAACAUAGCUGCCGGUGUGGCCAGAGGAUUGCAGUAUCUGCACGACAAAGGCGUGGUGUACCGAUGCCUCCGAAGUUCAGACGUUCUGCUCGGAGACGGGGAGGGCUACCACCCAAAGCUGUCUCAGUACGAACUGGCAAAGGCCGGCCGACUUUUUGAUGACCCUGAAGCCCGGGAAGCCCGGGAAUUCCAAAUAAGAACAAUCGGUGCUCUUGCCCCCGAGACCACCAUGGCCGCGCAGGUGUCCAUGGCGUCGGACGUGUAUUGCUUCGGCGUCGUGCUGCUGGAGCUGAUUACAGGGCGCAGGGCCUUCAGCCCCCGGGCCGCCAAGGAAGAUUCGAUGCUUGUCACAUGGGCCCAGCCAUUGUUGAAAUACAGGGCGGGCAUGCGCCGCAUGGUAGACCCGGCGCUGCAAGGCCGGUACCCGUCGAAGGAUUUGGAGAUGGCACUGGCAGUUGCUUUCAUGUGCGUCCAGCAAGAGCCGGCCAUGAGACCGCCCAUCGGCGACCUCGUUAAGGUUAUGUCUCUCCUCGCCUACGACAAUCGAGCUGAAGAACCACGCGGGCAUCUAUCCUAGGAGAGAAACGAUCUGGUGUCAUCAUGAUUUGUAUCUAUCAUGAAUUGUGAUCAAGCUAAUUACGAUUGACAACAAGUACUUGGCCUACAUGAUUUAGACUGUUUGGCACAAUUCAUGUAACAUGGAGAAGUUAACUGG